UUUUCGGUCACCUCUCAACAAAAAGUACCGACUCUUCAAUGACUAUUAACGUUUAUCCCUAGGGGUGAGCGCUGUAGAGAUAACAUAAAUUCGUUUGCGACGAGAACUUCCUGUCAUCAUUGAAACGUAAAAGCGAUUAAAAUGGGUACACAUUUAACGAAUAUAACAGCGCUUAUUAAUGCUUAUCUAAAUGUUUGUGGGUAGGAGGCGAGUCCAUGGCUCAAAAUAGAACUUGCCAAAGAGUUCUUCAUCUACAAAGUGAUCAUACAAAAUGCCAAGAAUACAAGUAAUGACAUACCUGUAACAGUGUCGAUUUUGUCUCGCAAUCAAUCUGGUGUCAUUCCCGGAUCUGAGUGCACAGAGAAGCAGCACUCUCUGCAUUUGGAAUACCAAUGUCUUCCCCCAGUGAAAGGUGACGUUUUGUACAUCAACGGGCCUAACUUCAACACCACGCUGCUUUUGUGCCAUGUCACUGUUUUGGCAUUAGAGUCACAGACAAACGCCAAAGGAAUACUUCGAGAAGUCUGGGAUACAGGAAAAGAGAAUGAAAGCCCGGAUACCCUUCAAGAAUAUAAUGUUUUCGGGCUUCAAAGUAGAUUUUGGAAUUUAAUUCAACUAAUGGAUGCACCAGCCAACUUUGGAAACAACUAUGCACAGAAACUAACUGCCUAUCUGAAGGUCAUUAAUAGUGGCUAUCACACAUUCUAUAUGACCUGUGAUGAAGAAUGCGAGUUAUGGAUUCAGGACAUUGGUGAUCUUCAAGAUUCCAGAGGCAACGAGCCUGAGAAUAAAAUGUUAAUAACGCUAAGAGACAAGCUGAAAUUGGCGCGACUGGAGUGGGAAAGGUCUCCGAGCAAACAAACUUCAAAGCCAAUAUUCCUCUCUCGAUGUCGUCUUUAUAAAAUUGAGGUCUUUAUGACAGAACAAAAACUUGAUGAUCACCUAUCCGUUGGAAUCAAGUUCCCAAAUGGGCACGAACAAAAGCCAAUGGAUGCUGCAAAUUUAUUCUGGUUGAAACCAGGCGAGCGGCACCUCAAUUUUAGCAACAUUCGAUUUGAACCUGGUGAGGAGUUCACAGCAGAAGUUGGAUCCGUGAUAUCAAUCGCAGGUUCGUACCGGUAUUGCUGCCAAGGGAUUUUCUGUCCUGAUUGCGAUCUACGAAUCUCUAUGACGAUCUUCGGCAACGAAUAUGUGAUCAAUUCUUCUGAGCCGAUGAAUUGCGGUGAACGUUUAUUCAAGAUUUCACUAGAAGCAGAUGUGGAACCAGGAGACUACCGUAUACAGGUCCUUUACUCGUUUGUCGAUGAAAAAGACAUAAAAUACCUUGAACUAGGUCACGUUUUUAUUACAGCCGCUGUUCUGAGUGAGUGCAGUUUUAUUAAUGGGUUGUGUCGCUGGAAAUCAAGUGGUUCGAAUGGAUCCUCGUGGAACACAGGAGGAGUUUACCAGGGCGCGUAUUUAGUAAGUGUCAGCAACGCGUCUCUUGAAAGCCCGAUGCUACCUUGGAAAGACUCCUAUAAAAGGACACACACCUGUCUACAAUUCGAGUACAUACUGCCUGACACGACAAAGGUAACGAGAGAAGGAAGAGCUUCCUCUCUUGAAGUUCAUGUCGGUACAAAAGAAGGAAAAGUUCUGCUCUGGAAGAUAAGUGGUUACCAUGGAAACAGAUCAUCCAAGGCUCAGAUUUCAUGGGAAUCGAGAAAAGAUGUUAUGGUUGAACUGAAAGGCGAAGCAUUUAACAGCAGGGUAGUCUCGGUUGUAAUUCAGAAUUUGAAGAUCUUCACGGAUAAAUGCGUUAUUUUUCCUUCGUUUGCCAUUCCAGGGUAUAGUUGUAGCAAGGAAGAAUUUAGGUGUGACAACUUGCAGUGUGUUAAAAGUAUACAGAAAUGUGAUGGCCAGUCACACUGUGUUGACGGAUCGGACGAGAGCAGCUGCAGAUGUCUGAACAGUCAGUUUUCGUGUUCAUCAGGUGAAUGCCUGUCCCCAGAGAAACUACGAGAUGGCGAAAAGAACUGCCAAGAUGGAGAAGAUGAAAAGGAAGGACUGGAAAACCCGAAGGAUGAAUUUCUCUGCUUUGAUGGACAGUCAAUCUCUUGGUCGCAAACCUGUAAGAAAGCAGAAGGAUGUCCUGAUGGCACCCAUCUUCCUUCCAUAUGUGGAAAGACGGAAUGUCCUCUGAAUGACUUAUCUUGCUCAAAAGAAAGAGGAAGCAGAACUGAAGACAAGGAAAACACUUGCCAGAUUCCUUUUCGAGGACCAUGCGAUUUCCAAAAUGGAUUAUGUGGAUUACGGAAUGAUGUCAACAGUGAAUUUCAGUGGACAACCGACAUGGGACAGGCACCUUCAGAAAACACGGGACCUUCCUUUGACCAUACGACUUUAUCAAACCGAGGUCGUUAUCUAUAUAUUGAAGCGUCCAACAGAAAAGUUGGCGACAAGGCCAGAUUACAAAGUGGCUGGUUUAUAAACACACAAGAGCUUUGUCUACAGUUCUGGUACCAUAUGUUUGGAAAAGAUGUAGGAUCUCUGAACAUUUACAUACAAAGAAAUGCAAGUGGGUCUGAAACAAAGGUGUGGAGUCAAAAGGGGCACAUGGGAGACAACUGGAUAUUUGCACAAGUUCCUAUGAAUCCAAGACAUCAUGAAAAGCAAUUUCAGUUUGUCAUAGAAGGCGUCAUAGAGGGCGGAAGUUCAGGAGAUAUAGCUAUUGAUGACGUCACUGUUCUGGAUGGGAACUGCUCUAAGAUCGUCAAACAGGGUAAGGAAAUAUUCUCUUCGACGUGAACGCUGAAAAUAAACAUCUAAGAAGCUCAGAAUCAUACGAAUAAGUGCAAUUGGCAGUAGUGGUUCUCCGGUAUAACGAACUUUGGUAUAAAGGCACUGACUGUAUCUUUUUUACUCUUGUAACGAGUCCUGGUGUACGUGACGACUUAAAUCCCACUUAUUAGAAAUUAUUUUUCUGUAAUAUUGCCAAAAUUUGUUGUUGUGGGUUUUCACAGGAAUAAAGAUCUUAGGGAACUGGUAGGGCUGACUCCAGUCCUGUUUCUAAAGUGUGCACGUGGGCCUAAAUAGCUUUCAUUAAAAAAGGACACAAACAUAAAGAAAAGCGAUUCUGUUUUUCGGAAUUGCACCUUAUUAUGAUUCCGU